AUGCUGUCACUUGCUGAGCAGCGAACAGUUCAAGGAAAAUGCAGAGCAGACGCUAAUGAAUUUUACAAUCAAAUUCUACUUGAAUAUGAAAGACUUGGCCUUUUAUAUAAUUUCAGUGUUUUAUCGAAAAUAGUAAACACUGUGGCAAAUCUAAAACAAGAACUACCUGAAUGGUGCCAAAAAGACUUCGUUCAUUUCCAAGAUACUUUCACAUACUCUCCAGAGGACAAAGUUCUAGAAUGGAAUGAUCAUUUAUUCAUCCCACAGUUCCAUCAAAAAACAGUAUCUUAUGCUUUCGAUCACCAUGGGCCAAGAGGAAACGAUGUGAUGGUGGCAUCGUGUGCAAAAACAGGCACCACAUGGACUCGGGAAAUUAUUCGUCAGAUAUUGUAUGGAAGAGACGAAAAACUUGAUAAACUGACAAAAGAUAUCACUUUACCGCAUUUGUAUCUUGAGACAUGUACACCUUCAAAGUUCAAUGUCAUGCACAAUAUUCCUAUACCUAGAAGAUAUUUUGUUACGCAUCUACCAGCUGAAUUGGUGAAUUUAGAAAUAUACAAAAAAAGGAACGUAAAGAUCGUUUACACAUUGCGGAAUCCAAAGGACAGGCUGGUAUCGUACUUUCAUUUUCUUAAGGGAUUUCUUUGGCAGGAUGAAUUAGCAAAAUUUUCACCCGAAGAUCCUCUUCCUCUGGGCAUACGAAAGGGAGAAUCAUAUUUGGAUCACAUUUUGAGUUGGCUGCCGCAUAUAAAAAACAACAAAAACGCAAUAUUGAUCGUGUAUGAAGAAGAAUCCUUGCGAAAAAACAAAAGAGUUGUCAGAAUUCCUGAAAGUAAAACUAUCGGAUGACGAAAUCUAUGAAAUAGUUAAAAAGUGUUCAAUUGACAACAUGAAAAAGUCGGAUAUGGUAUCAAAAUCAGAAGAUGGAAUGAGUCGCCAUGUGAUUAAGCAAUGCCUUACAGGAACCAUUGGCAAAUGAAAAAACUACUUUUCUGCGGAACAGUCUGCUGAAAUAAACAGACAAGUUGAAGAAAAGUUGAAAGGAACAGGAAUCGAAUUUAUAUAUGAAUGAGUUUUUAUCGUACGAUAUUGAUCCCAUUUAAAUUUAUCGCUUAUAGACCCCAAGCCGACUAAGGCACAUUUGAAAACUUGAAUUAAUGCAAUGCAAAACUUUAUCACUCUUGCCAAUUGCUUUAAUGAGUAUACUGGGAAUUUUAGUCUUUUUGCAAUAAUAAAAUUCAUUUGGUCGUAUAAUUUUUCACUUAUUUUAAGUAUACUAGGCCGCUGAGUUUUUGUGAUUAAAAAAAUAUCCCAAAAUAAUAAUAUUAAAUGUAUAAUAUUUAUAAUUUUCACAGAAUUAUAUGACAUAUUUACCGCGUAUCAAAUGUUUGAAUUGUGAUAAAUGUUAAUUCAAGUAUAUUAGUUCAUUAAAUCGCAUCGCAUGAGUACUGUGUUGCCUAAGUAAGUCUAUUCAGAUUAAAGAUAGCAUAUAUACAGUAAGUCGAGUUUGUAAUAGACACGAUAUUUGAGGAAAAAUAACGGGGAGUUUUUCAAACAACAGCCAUCUAAAAGCCAUGCCCAACCCAAAUGCCUUCUUACGCCGCAGAUUAUGUUUCAGUUCUUCCGCCGUCUGCAUAUUGAACAAAUUGUCACACCAUGUAUUACAGUUUCAUUUUUGUUCAAUAUGACAAUUAUAGAGAAUGAAGAAUGAUUUCAACCACUAAUAAGAUAGAAGUUUACUUCUCCAUCUAGCUGGUGGGAAACUUGUUUUUGAAUGUAAUUUCCCACCUGUUUAAUAUUGACAUCUUUGAUACUGCGAAACAUACUUUAGCAUAUUUUUGUUCUUUAGCAUGUUCAGAUACUUCG